GCCACAUUACACCAUACAGCACAUUUUGUUUGCGUUGCGCAUUACAGGUUCACUCGUGACAAGCGUUGCGUAACAAGGGUCCAUGAGCGUGACCACACUUCCUAGUAUAUGAAGGCAGAGGGCCUCUUCAUUUCAUGCAUUUUCAUUAACAACAGCGAUCCUCUUUGAAAACACAAUGGUAUCCCUGGUGACUGCAAUCGCCCUGCUGUUGGGCUGCACACUGAUCGGAGGUGCAGACCCCCCUCCACAUGGUGAACUAGCAAAGAGAGCACGUUACAUCGUCCAUAAGGCUAACUGGUGCGUCGUGACCACAUAUUCAUCCAAUGAGGCCUAUCUGGGGCAACCAUUUCCCAACCCUUCCUCCGUCAGUGAUGGCCCGGUCGAUAAGAGUUCAGGCAUUCCCUACAUGUAUCACGCAGCAUUGUCCUCUACGGUGAAAGAUAUUCUCAAGGAUAGCCGAGUGACACUGACAUUCAGCGAGGCCCAGUUUGGAUUGAAAGAUUGCCUUUUGACGAAAGACGGUGACCCAGAGUGGCCAAUGUGCGCUCGGCUGAUGUUAAGGGGCAACUUGCAUCUGAUCAAAGACACAGCGGGAAAUGCCACAGCCCGAGCUGCCCUCUUCCCACGCCACCCAAACAUGGUCACUUGGGAUUUUCACGAGUACACCUUCCUGAAGAUGGACAUCAAGGAGAUCCUCCUCCUGGACUACUUUGGCGGCUACAGAAAUGUCUCUGUCGAUGACUAUUUCAAGGCCAGUCCCAAGUAGAGGCAGAGACGGUCGCAAGCUUAGCAUGCAUGUGGGACCAAUAUCACAAAAUGUUGGAAAGAAUUGUGAAUACAUUUUAAAGAGCAUCUCAAAGGGAAACAUUUUCUCUGAUUUGAUCUGUUCUAAUAAGUAUGGAAGCAUCCAAAUCCAACGCAGUGUCAGUUAUCUUCA